UCGUCCCGCUGGAAUGCGCAGACGCGGUCUCAGGAACAAAACCAGCAUUCUAUCCGGCUACCUGGUCCCGGUCAGCCUGACACGUUACGCAACCUGCUCUCGCUCUAGGCGUCGGCGCCACCACCGCCCUGUUUUACCAUCCCAGCGCCCUGGGCCUGCGAGACGUUCCUGCGCCGAGGACGAGUCCGACGGGGGGAGCGUGAGAGAGGAUAUACUUGUCCAGCGCGUCGUAUUUCAUACCCGUAAACAUGUCACAACAGCAGCAGAACCGCCCCGGCCCGCCGUACCGGCCGUUGACCGCCGGCGUGGGCGGCCUGCCCACCAUCGUGCCCGACGUGCCCGUGUCGGCGGUGCUCAUCGCCGUCUUCCUAGGCUUCGCCGCCGCCAACAUGGCUAUCUUCCAGUACAACCGGCGUGCCGGGCGCAAGUUCCUGCCGUCCGUGUUCCUGUUCGGGUUCUGCAUGGCACGCGUGGCCACGCUCGUGCUGCGCAUCGCCUGGGCCGCGCGCCCCACCAACGUCCGCCUCUCCAUCGCCGCCAACAUCUUCGUCAACGCCGGCGUCCUCAUCGUCUACGUUCUCGACCUGCUCUUCGCCCUCCGUGUUCUGCGCGCCCGCCGCCCCCGCGUCGGCUGGCACCCCGCGCUGCGCGCCACCUGCGCCCUUCUCUACGCCGCCAUCGCCGCCGCCCUCGUCAUGGUUAUCACCGCCAUCGUCCUCUCUGUCUACUCCCUCAACCCGCACACCCUCCAGGUCUGCCGCGACAUCCAGCUCGCCGCUGGCACUUACAUCCUCGUCUUCACCACGCUACCAGUCUUCGUCCUCGCCGCCGCCUACCUGCUGCCGCUGUCCGGCGACGAAGAGGCUUUCGGGACGGGGUCGAUGGCCGCCAAGGCCGCCAUCGUGCUCGCCGUCGCCUGCCUAUCCAUGCUCAACGCCGGAUUCCGCUCGGGGACGGCGUGGGCGCGCCCGCGGCCGUCCAAUGACCCGGCCUGGUACCACGGCAAGGCGCCCUUCUACGUCUUCAACUUCGUCGUCGAGAUCCUCAUGCUGAGCAUCCUGACGGCUACACGCCUCGACAAGCGCUUCUACGUGCCCGACGGUAGUAAGGGCCCAGGCGACUACUCGCGCCACGUCGCGUUGGCUGGAAGCAAUCGUGAGCCAGAGGGCGAGGAGGGCGAGAGAGGAGAGGAGGGCGAGGAGGGCAAGGAGGGCGAGGAGGGCGCGAGGGGCGAGGAGGGCGAGAAGGGCGAGAAGAAUGAUAAGGACGAGAAGGGUGAGAAGGGCGGUAAGAGUGAAGAGGGCACGUUGAAUAACGCGUGAGCAUCUAGAAGAUCGCGGCGGAGGUUAUCGAGGGGACUUUGCAUGCCGAUAAAAGAGCCAGGUAGGUAUAUCCAAGCAGGAAUACGGAACGGGGGGUUCGGAGGAAGCUCGCGACGUGUAUCGGCGACACGAAAUGGAUAUAAAUCUCUCUGCCUCCGCACCCCUGGCUGUAUUAUUCCGGCAAUGCAGCCCUAGGCCCUAAGCUGGUAUUCCUAUAGCACGACUUGAGAUACAGUCUGCGUUAAUGUUUGAGU